AUGGUGCAGCACAGGACGGCUACGGCGGUGGUGGGCGGCGCAUUCAUGCUGCUCAAUGGGUCAGCGGCCGUUGGCCUGUUUUGCUACGGCUUCUCGGUGUUCACACUGUCCGACCGGCAGGUGGUGGCCUCCCCGCUCUUCCACGCUGCCGAAAUCGCGCUGGCCCUCAUCGUGCAUACCUUCCACGUCCUCAUGGGCUCUGUGUUCUGGAAGCUGCGACUGAUGGACCAGCGAGCUGACUUGCUCGCCUCCAUACAACGGUCGGUUACGGCCGUGACUUUGCUGCAGCUGGGAAUGAUGGCGAUCAACGGCUAUUUCAACGCCUUCAUGUGGAACAAGGCGCCUUUCUUCGGCACACUCCUGCUACCCUCCCUCCUCUCCAUUUUCUUCAUGUAUCGCUUUUGGUCGAUCGACAUCCUGGAGGAACGACGCCAGAUGCUACGCGGCGCGUUGAUGCUCUUAUCCACAUCCCUGUGCGUCCUCGUGGUCGACACCACCGCCAAAUGGAACGUGCGACGGGAUCUGCUCGAAACCGGCAGCCCCGCUUUGAUCGUCAAGGGGAUGGACGACAACGACUUCUCUAUUGUUGCAUCGUUCGCCGUGCUCGUCUGCCUUGCAAAGGUCUACUACACUCUGUUCGUCAGUCCAGCCAGCAGUGACAAGCGACCAGCAACGACCUCGAACCGUCAGACGACGGUCACCUCCGCUACAAAGCCGGGCCAAGGCACUGAUGGUGAAGAGGAAGCAGACGCGGAGCGCGACGACGAGGUGCUGCCACGAAAGAUGCUCGAGUCGCUGCACCUGUGGAUUCUCGUGGCCGCCUUCUUCUCGCUGCUUGGCCCACCAAUCACGCCCCUCCUGCUGAGCAGUGCCGUGAUGGUGGGCGCCACCAUCAAGCCCAAGGUGUGGGACGGCAAGGGCGACAUCUUCUACAAGCUGGGGGCCGGUCAACGACGGAUCGACACUGACUACUGA